GUGCAGCACUUCCGCGUUACACACCUGCGUCAGGUGGGGCAAGGCCGCAGAACUGGAUGCACCUGCGGCGCAGAGAGCGACACCUGCACAGGACAUCUAUCUCCACCUUAGGACUUAGUUUCUAGUUCGGUUUGAAAAACGAGGGACAGUUAUGAGUGCGGAUUAUGGACUUGAGUGUGAUUUGGCCGUGGUGUCGUUACAGGACAACGAGCCCGAACCAGUGUGUGGAAUCCAGCUCACUCCAGAUGGACACACGGACUUGAGCUCGAAACUCAGCGAAGACUUACAGCUGUCCAUAAUCGAAAGCAAAGUCGGUUACCCGAAUGGCACGGGGACUAACGGGUCCAGCGGCGGGGAGCUGACGGUGUGCGCGGCGCACGAGCUCGAGCUGGAUCAGUACUGCAGGACGGAGGGGAGACCCGUGUGCCAGAAGUGCGUUAACCAAGGGGCUUGUGGGAAACACACAGUCAUCAAGCUGCACUUACGAGCCGCAGCAGUAAGGAAUCAGCUGGUGGACAUCUGUGAGAAAAUGCAGCUGCAGGCCCUACAGAUAGAGCGCUUCAUAAACAACACACUGACUGCAAAAGAGAAGGCCUUGCAGGUGGAAGCAAGUAGUGCCCGUGAGCUAGUGGUGGCGCAGGUGAACGCUGUGCGUGAAGCCCUGGAUGAGGAGGAGCAGCGUCUGCUUGAGGCUGUGCAGAGGGAGGAAGAGCGGAUCGAGCAGUGUCUGCUCACACAACGGGCACACUGGUCCAAGUCGCUCAACACCCUCACACAUGCCCGCACCAGCCUGGUGCACAAGCUCACACACUCGACAGACAUCAUGCUUGUGAGUUCGAACUCGGAAAUAGCAGAGAGGACGGAGGAGGCAGAAGGUGUUGGAGAGCCCAAAGACUCACCUGAGCACCUGAAUAUGAACAAGGACUGCAGUGAUAGUAAACUCAUGUUGGGCCUGUGGGCCAGUGCGCUGCUUCUAGGACCAACCCCUACAUCUCGGGUGUACUUUGAUGAGCGCACCGUCAGCCACCACCUUCUUCUCUCCUCCAACCGGCUCACCGUCACUUACCGGCCGAAACGGCAGAAGAAGCCUCUUCCAUAUGACCCGGCUCGUUUUGACCACUGGCCCAAUGCCCUCUGUCUCGAACCCAUCAGUUCGGGCACACAUGCCUGGGUCCUGGACGUAGGCGACAGCGCCGCCUUUAAAGUGGGCGUCUGCUACCGCAGCAUGGAGCGCAAAGGCUCGAACAACGAAUCUCGUCUAGGCUCCAAUGCCAAAUCCUGGGUGCUCUCACACUAUGAAGAAAACUUUGCCUACUGCCACAACAGCCAGGUCGUUAACGUGAUCGUAGUGAAGAGACUCACGAAAGUAGGAGUACUACUGGACUGGACCACACAGACACUGCUGUUCUACGAUCCAGACUCAAAGUGUGUUUUGCACGCAGUGAGGCACACAUUCACUGAGCCACUGCUGCCUGCUUGCGCUGUGGCCGAUCAGAGUGUGUCCAUAGUGCAUUAUUAAUAUGCAUGUACUUUAUAUGUUUACAGAUUCCUGUAAGAAAUUAGGUUUGGAUUUAACACAAACAAAUAUAUAUGGAGACAAACUUUGUCUGGUCUGCCUGUCACCAGCGUGUCUGGAGUUUAAAAAAUAUUUAAGGGAUGAGAGUUGAAUACCUGAGUGAAUAUGUAGCAUUCAUACAUCGAAAAAUAUCAUCUGCAAUAUAUUUUCAUACUUGUGCGGUAAACACUGAAGCAGAAUUCCGUGGGAAUUUCGAAGGAGGUAAUACGGCUACGAAAUCUUACAUACGUAUGUCCUUUUUUUAGUGUGAAGUAUAUUGUUAAUAGUGCCAGUGUAAUAUUUCAGAUGUUAUACCUCCAGAACUGUGCAAAAGUCUCGAGCCACCUUUCAUUUCUUGAUAAUAAAUGUAAUUUAAUUAAAUUAUGUCGAUUAAAGAAUAUAAAAUAUGAUUUAAGUGACAGGCUGCAUAGUGCCUAAAAAUAUGAUUAAAAUGUUUGUUUAUGUAACAAGCCCAGCAGCGACCUCAUUUCCCCUCUCGCCUAAUUCCACCCACUCAGCGUUCAGCAUCACUGUAUAUUAAUAUACCACUGAUCAUCUGCACCUGUUUUUCAUUGGGUCAUGCCUUAAGUUAGAAGCUUGUUUUAAGCUUGAAUGAGUCAUAGGUCACUGUGUGGCUUAACAAACAAAUUUUAAAAAUCCCCUGAAACUGAUGAGGUGCAGGGACUCGACUGAAAAGUCCUUCGGGAAACCUGUGAGAAGUAUCACUCAAGACUACGUUUUUUACAAUAUACAAGAAAGUCUCAUUCUUUGGAAGCCAAAUAUGAUGAAAUGAGUGUAUGGUUAUAGAUUUUGCAUGAAUAGUGGUUCUCAGUCAUGCCGACUUAAACAGUUGAGAUCUAUGCGUUAACAAGGCGAACCAAAAUGACUUGAUACCACCUAUGUGAUGUAGUCUAUGUAUGUACUAGAAUGAUUUUUAACAUAAACCUGGUCAAAAACUUUUUGUCCAUUUAUUACCUUAACAGGAUGUAUACUGGUAAUGAUUGUAGUCUUCUGUUUUAUUUUUAACAGGCAUAAAUGAAUUGGUCGUAUUAUUUAUUAUGGUAUUUUGACAUUUUUAUAAUAUGCAAUAAUGCAAUAAUAGACCCAGCCACGUUUCAUCUUCAAUGCCCCAACUGAUGGAAGAAGGUUUUCAUUCAAAGUCUCACGAUUCAUGGCCCCAUUUAUUCUUUCCUUUACACUAAUCAGUCAUCCUGG